CGCCCUCUAGUGUUGACUGUGUGGAGCUGCAGCUUCUCCGCACAUCCUGUUUCUCAGUCUGACUCAGAAGAUGUUAGCAGGGCAACGCUAAAUGGAUGCUUACCUAGCCCGAUAACUAGACAAAACAGAAGAAAGUCCUACAUCCGGCGAUGGACGGGUUCGCAGGGGACCUGCUGAGCGGGGGGCGGGCUCUGCUCGGCGAGGACAGCUCGGUGAUGGCCCGAAUGCAGAAAAAGUUCUGGAAGACCAAGCAGGUGUUCAUCAAAGUCACCGGCAAAAAGGAGGACGAGUACGUGGUGGCGUCUGACGCCGACCUGGACGCCAAGCUUGAGUUUUUCCGCUCUGUUCAGUCCACGUGCACGGAGCUGCUGAAGGUGAUCGAAAAGUACCAGCACCGAAUCAACCGUUUGUCGCAGGAGGAGAAGGAGCUGGGGCUCUUCCUGCGCUUUCAAGCCGAGCACGAUCGCACAAAGGCCGGGAAAAUGAUGGACGCCACCAGCAAGGCGCUCUGCACCUCAGCAAAGCAGAGGAUGGCGCUCUGCCCCCCGCUGCAGCGCAUGCACCAGGAAGUGGAGACGUUCCGGCGGCGCGCCAUCGCCGACACGCUGCUGACCGUUACCCGCAUGGAGAAGUCUCGCACAGAGUACAGAGGAGCCCUGCUCUGGAUGAAGGACGUCUCUCAGGAGCUGGACCCGGACACCUACAAGGAGCUGGAGAAGUUCCGCAAGGUCCAAGCCCAGGUCCGAGAGACCAAGAGCCAGUUUGACAAGCUGAAGAACGACGUGUGUCAAAAGGUGGACAUGCUCGGGGCCAGUCGCUGCAACAUGCUGUCCCACUCGCUCUGCACCUACCAGACCACUCUGCUGCAGUUCUGGGAGAAAACAGCCCACAGCCUGUCAGGAAUCCACGAGGCCUUCCUCGGACACGUUCCGUACCAGUUCAGCACCAUCAAGGAGCUGCGGGACCCUCUGGAGCAAAUAUCCGAUUUAAAAAAUGAAGAAAAGAAGAAGAAGGAAGAGAGCAGCACGGACACUCUGAUGUGCUUGGACGAGGACAAACCAGCAGCAGAUGCAGAUGCCGGCCUGAGCGGUGUGGGGCGGAGUCAGAGCAGUGACGCAGCAUCUGCAGACUCCACCGAUGACCUGAUGAUGCUCAUGGCUUUAGACAUGCAUCACCCUCAGGCUCCGCCCCCAAAAAAACCCCCACUGCUGCCCCAGCUCCUGCCUCCCUGUCAGACGGGAGGCCAGUCUGAGCACAGUAACUUUGGGCACCCACAGCUGCCCGUCACUGGUGGCGGCCUCCUCUCAGGCGACCCCUCCUUCUCUUCAGAACUAGCGCAGAAGCCUGAGGAUGAAGACUCCGAGCGCAGCGACAUGGCCUUCCUCAAAGACCUCCUCAGUCCGGAUUUGGGCUCCAGCGACGAGUUUAGCAGAGAGUGGCAGGAUGCGUUUGGCAUUUUCGAACCCCCCGCCACUCCCGCCGUGAGCGCAGCCGCAGAGGUGGGGCCGCCUUCCAACCCCCCUUGCCCCUCUGGCUUCCUGCCGUCCCAGCUGCUGGAUCAAAGUCUGAGCUCCAGCGGCUGGGUGACCCCACCGAUGUUCCAGGCUCCGCCCCUGCAGCCCCCCAUGGGCCAGAACCAGCCUGCCCCCCAGCCUGUCAGCUCUGCAGCUUCUUCAGGGGGAUCCAAAGACAUGUCAGCGUGGUUCAACCUGUUCGCAGACCUCGACCCCCUCUCCAACCCGGACGCCAUCGGCCGCUCCGCUGAUGAGCUGCUCAACGCCUGAAGUCCCUUUUUUCCUUGAGGAUUUGUGUUUCUGCAGAUUUUCAUCGACCAAGUAAACAAGUAUAGGCAACAAACACGUGGAUGUUACACACACUUUGGUUACCGACUCACUUUGGGGUGAUUGUCACACUGGAUGAUAAACUCUCAGUUGCUCCACCCUCCAAGAGCCUGACUCGUGGACAGCCUACCGGUUUCACCGCACCUCACCGGGAAAAUUUGGGUUUGAUCCGAAGGGUGUGCAGGUUGUUUGGGUGUAUUUGUGUGUGUGUCGAAGCACGACAUGGGGUUUUAAAAUGAUUGCCGUUUAAACAUGAAAGUGUGUGUCUUGCACUCUGGAGGAAGGAGCGAUGGAAACGUCCGCGGUUCACAAAGUUUAAUCCCGCUUUGACCGACUUUCUCCUGUCAUGUCCGACUGCAGAAUGGUGCCAUUUCGAGAGAAAUCGGUUCUUUUAAUUUUAAUGCAGGAGUAAUAAAACCAAACAAAAAAGCAGAACUA